AUGGGCAGGUUCGAUCAGGGGAAAUCGACGAAAGGCGCGAGCAAGCUCAGACGGGACCUCAUCAAUGCGGAGAUAGCCAACCUGCGGGACCUCCUGCCUUUGCCUCCCUCCACUCGCCAGCGGUUGUCGCAGCUGCAGCUUAUGGCCCUCGUCUGCGUCUACGUGAGGAAGUCGAACUAUUUCCAGCAAGUUUUCAAACGCUUCGACAUAAAUCAACAGCCUCCGACAUCAUCGAACUUUGGAUUUUCUAAGGCGCUCAACGGUUUCCUGAUGAUGAUGACACAGAACGGCAAACUUCUCUACAUAUCGGAUAACGCUGCAGAAUAUCUCGGACAUUCGAUGGAGGAUCUGCUGAUUCACGGUGACAGCGUGUACGACGUGAUAGACAAACAGGAUCAUCAGGCAGUCAGGUCCGAAUUAUCGCGAGCGCCCUCUGACGGCGAAGACAGGGUGUUCCUCUGUAGGAUGAACGUCGCGAGGAAUGCCAGGCGGCAAAUGAGGUUCGGCGAUCAAAAGGUUAGUGACCUUCCC